AUGGCUCUCAUCGGACGAGAAUUCCUCGUUGGUAGGACUUUAAGCAGCGUCAUUUCUAGUACGGCAACUCCGACGGUGACAACUGCCCCGGCAAUUACUGCAUGCAGUCUCGUUAACCAAGACGCCACUACGUUCAAUGACCCGCUGGGGUCAGUGGUAUCUCUCUCAUCAACUAUCGCCUGCGCCUGCAAUGACGAUUGGACGGCCGGCGUGGGAACCACUGUCGGAGACGAUAAAAGCAUUACAUACACAUGCCAAGUGGGAACCUCUACCACCAUUGCGGUCAGCACCGCAGCACCCAGUGCCUCGCCAAUUCCCUCACAAUGUGCAAAUGGUGCCAAUCCUGAUGAGUCCUGUUUCAAUGCAUUGGACCUCCCUGACUUUAUCAUGAACUGGUGGAAAGACAACGAAGCCAACUGUGGGAAUUACGAUGGAUUCGCCGAUUGCUGGUACGCGAAGAUGACGCCGUACUCGCCAUCUAAAUGCGAUCAGCUGAACACCGACCCUGCCUGCACUCAGCCAUUAUGGAAGGACUUCACGGGCUUCAAUGAUGUACAGAACUUCUACGUGACAUGGUGUAUCUGGAACACUCAGGGAUUCUUCCUUGACAUGUACAAUGCCGUCGGCAACGCGGCUCAGCCAGUUUCUAAUGCCAUCGGAAGCAUUGUCAGUCACUUCCUUGCGUGGAUUAAGGCUCUAAUAGUAGGCCACGGACUGAUUAUAAGCAGGUUACAGCCCUUGACCCUCCAAACGACUCUACCAGCCCAUGGGAAUAUGUUUUCAUGGCACUCACAUUCGGAUUGA